AUGAAUUCUGCUACAACAUGGGUUCCAAGAGGUGUGGCUUCUGAGUUCCCGGAAAAAUACAUCUUGGAUGAUGAAGAAAUGGCCAGAAUUAAUGCGAUGGCCCACCUUCAUCUUGGAGAAGCACAUGAGGAUUUGAGUGAGGCUCAAAGUGAGGAGGAGAGUCCGAAAAAUGAUGCUGGAGCAGGCUCGAAUUUGUCUAGUAAAGCCGAUAAAGAUGACGAUUUGAAAGAAUAUGAUCUUGAUCAUUACGAUGACGAACCAGAGGAUGUGACAGGAGAGCCUAUUACUAUGUUCCCUGGAUUGACUAACACGGAGGCUACUUAUUUUCGAUCAGCCAAGAAGCCGGAGGAAGGAGAAGACGGAGAGAAGGCUCAAGAACCCGGAGAUGAUGAUCACUACCUACAAUUGCCUACAGAGGAAGAUCGUCUGGAAGAAAAGAAAGAUCAGCAAGUGUAUCCUACAGAUAACAUGAUUCUUUCUACAAGAACAGAGGACGACAUUUCGUAUUUAGAUGUGUAUAUAUAUGAUGAUGGUGCUGGUGCACCUGAUGGAUCUAAGGAGGAAGACGAAGAUAAGCUAGACCCGGACGUUGCGAACGGAAUGAUUCGUGGAAAAAGUCUUUACAUUCAUCACGAUUUAAUGCUUCCUAACUUCCCACUUUGCGUGGAGUGGCUAAGUUUCAGGCCUAUGGGAUCUAAUGAUGAAUCUAAUGUGGGAAACUUUGCUGCUAUUGGAACCUUGGAUCCGACGGUGGAAAUUUGGAACUUGGACUGUCUUGAUAAGGCAUUCCCUGAUACCAUUUUGGGUGAAGCUACCGAGGAAGAAGCUGCACAUCAAGGUGGAAAGAAGCGUAAGGGCAAGAAGUAUCAACAGAAGCAUGUGAAGGACCGCCAUGUUGAUGCAAUUCUUUCGAUAUCGCAUAAUAAGGUGUUUAGAAACGUUCUUGCCACCACAUCUGCGGAUACUACGGUAAAAUUAUGGGAUUUGACCAGCUGUGGAGUUGCUAGAUCAAUUGAUGGAUUGCACCAUGAUAAAGAGGUUUCAUCUUCGCAAUGGUUUGGAAACGAUAGCGAAACGGAUGGAUCGAUUCUACUUACAGGAGGUUACGAUUCAUACUGUGCAGUGUCAGAUGUGCGAAUCAACGAGCUGGAAAAGAUGGCUAGAUAUUAUCAGGUGGGCAGUAGUGGGGAGGAAGUGGAGGCAGUUAGUUGGGCUGGUAAAAAUAGUAGCUGUUUCUAUGCUGGUACAGAUCAAGGUAACGUUUACUAUUUUGAUGCCAGAAACGAGAAGAAGCCAGUUUGGACCUUACAUGCACACGACUCCGGAAUUACUGCUUUGAAUAGUAAUGGAUACAUCGACACGAUGCUUGUGACUGGAGCUAUGGGUGACAAACAGUUGAAACUCUGGAAAACUACACCUACACCUUCAAUGGUUACAUCCCGUGAUUUUGGAUGUGGUAAUGUUUUAACGUCGAGCUUUGCACCUGAUAUUGAAGUUGCAGGAGACUUGGUUGUGGGUGGAUCCAGUCCCGGAUUAAAAAUGUGGGACUGUUUCAGUAAUAGAUAUGUUAGAGUCUCAUUUAAGGAUGAACUUCGGAAAUUACAGAAGAGCGCUAGAGAAGAGGCUAAGAAGGCUGGAAUAGCAAGUAGGCUAGCGAGAAAGUAUGGUGAUGUUUUCAGAGAGGAGGUUCUUGAGCCUGAAGACGAGGUGGAAGAGGAGGAGGAGUAG